GCGUUUUUCUCCGAUUGAAACCAGAAAAUGCAGAUCUUCGUGAAAACCCUAACGGGGAAGACAAUAACGUUAGAGGUUGAAUCAUCAGACACAAUCGACAAUGUGAAAGCGAAGAUACAAGACAAAGAAGGAAUCCCACCGGAUCAGCAACGGUUGAUCUUCGCCGGAAAACAAUUGGAAGACGGAAGAACACUCGCUGAUUACAACAUCCAGAAAGAAUCGACGCUUCAUUUGGUGCUUCGUUUGAGAGGUGGUGCGAAGAAGAGAAAGAAGAAGACGUACACGAAACCUAAGAAGAUUAAGCAUAAGCAUAAGAAAGUGAAGCUAGCGGUUUUGCAGUUUUAUAAGGUUGAUGGAAGUGGAAAAGUUCAGAGGUUGAGGAAAGAGUGUCCUUCUGUUAGUUGUGGACCUGGAACUUUCAUGGCGAGUCAUUUUGAUAGGCACUAUUGUGGGAAAUGUGGAACUACUUACGUGUUUAAGAAGGCUGAUGAAGAGUGAUGAUGAUUGGGUUAGAAUUAGGAUAUUGUGCUGCUACAUUGCUUUAGUUUUAGGCUGGAUUUAGUGGAAGGCAAAAUUUGCAUAGUGUUCAUAUAUCACAGUUGAUUCUUAUCAUGUUCUUACACCAAUGUCUUGAAGUUUUGAUGUUGUCGGCUCUGAUAACUUGUUUGCUAAGAUAGGGUUUAGAUUCUCUCAGAUAUUGAUAGCAUGUGUGUUAGACCUUUAACAUGUGUUGUCUUUGCACGUUUUAUCUUGAUUUCAAAGCUUCUCCUUUAUGUUAACAGUGAGAUUUGACCAAUCUAGCAAUGAAUAAGAUGUAUAUAU